AUGGUAUCACCAGAGACAAAAGAGACACUUGAAAACUUAGGAAAGGUGGUUUUCACCGCAACCCUCCUAAUUGGGGUUAUUCUAUACUCAAUAGGUCCGGUACUCAACCGAUUCUUCUUUGUGCCAUCGCUUCAUUACAAGCAGAAGAUUAUUAAAGUGAUUAAGAGCAACAAAGCCACGAAAAGACUCAGUAAGAAACGUCUUGGGGUGAAGCUUGGGGCUUAUAGACGUCGAAUUUUGUUUGGUGCUAAGAAUCCAUCUGCUUAUUCUACUAAUGACACCGAUUACAAUUUCAUCAGGUUGCAAGAUGAAGACAUUAAAGAUGAAGCGACUUACAAUGAGUUCUUCGGCGAAAUGAGUGCCAGAAGAGUUGACGAUGAUGAUAGAAAGCUCAUUUUUGGUUUCUUCCAUCCGUAUUGUAAUGCUGGUGGCGGUGGGGAAAGGGUUCUUUGGCAAGCGGUUUAUCAGACAUUGAAGCUAUCUAGCCGUCAUAUUGCUGUGAUUUAUACCGCAGACACCAAGGAUGCCACGCCAGAAGAAAUAAUUGCCAAUGUUUCAAAAAGAUUCAAUUUGAAAUUACAAACUUCUAGAGUGGUAUUCAUUUAUCUCAAUAAUCGUCGAUUUGUCGAUGGCAACUAUUGGAAGCGGUUUACUUUGUUGGGUCAAGCGCUCGGAUCGAUCAUUUUGUCUCUCGAAGCUUGUCUUGCGCUUCCUCCUGAUGUUUGGGUCGAUACUAUGGGGUACCCAUUUGCUUAUCCAAUUAUUAGCUAUCUAUUGAAAAUUCCAAUCUUAUCGUAUACACACUUCCCGGUAAUUCAGCUGGACAUGUUGCAUAAGCUUGUGGUUCAAUUGCGAGGCUCAUCAGGAACUGUCAGCAAAUUGAAGAUCAUUGGUAAAUGGAUUUACUGGAGAAUUUUCAUCACCGUUUAUUCUCUUGUCGGAUACUUUAUUGAUGUUCCUUUGUGUAAUGGGACUUGGACUUACAACCAUUUAAACAAAAUUUGGUGGGCUAUUAAUGGGGAAUCAAAGAAUGAACAUCAAGUGAGAAUGAAAAUUUUAUAUCCACCCUGCUCUACGGAAACUUUAGUCGAUGGUCAAGACAAGGAAAUUGAAAAUGAAGAUGGAGUUUUAUGCUUGUCUGAAGACGACGAAAGUAGUGAAAGACAAGAUAUCUUUUUAUGUUUGGCACAAUUCAGACCGGAAAAAAGACAUUCGAUUAUCAUUAAAGAGUUUUCGAAAUUCAUUAAAAGUUACAAAGGUGAUGGAGAACCUAAGCUAGUUUUAAUCGGGUCGAUUCGUGAUGACAGAGAUCGUGAAUUUGUGCAAACACUCAGAGCUCUAGCAUCAUCAUUGGGACUCGAUGAACAUGUCGAAUUUAUUCUUGAUGCUCCGUUUGAAACGGUGAAGGAAUAUUUCCAAAAAAGUUCUUUUGGUAUCAAUGCUAUGUGGAAUGAACAUUUUGGAAUUGCGGUGGUAGAAACAAUGGCAUCCGGGCUUAUCCCAAUUAGCCAUGCCAGUGCUGGACCAUAUUUGGACAUUGCUGUUCCAUGGGAUUAUAAAAAAAGUUGUCAGUUGAAGAUCAGCGAAACCAACGAUAGUAAUCGUACAGGGUUUUUCUUCAAGAGUAGCGAAGAUCCUGAUUUUGAGACCCAAGGGGAAUUCAAAGAAUUGCACCAAUGUUUCAGCGAGGCAAUGGGAUUAUCCAAUGAAGAAGCAAUGGGUAUGAGAACUCGCGGUAAGGCAUGUGUUUUAAAUAAGUUCAGCAAUGCGAAAUUUGAUGGGCAAUGGAGUGAAUAUGUGGAAGUAUUGAAAAACUAUGAUGUGUAUUACAGAGAACGGAAAGGGAAAGUUGAGCAACUCUAUUAA